GGCCAAACCGCCUGCAGUCAUGCCUCUAGUGAAGCCCCGCACAAGCUGUAACUCAUGAUACAGCGGCGAUAAUGGCGCCCAUCACACCUUUCAAUGCGGCGGAUAUAACUGAAAAAGCGCGGCGGGAGCUGCUGCUUCUGCUCGAGGGUAUACGAGGAAAGAAGAACCUCGUGCUGGAGAAGAGCCUGGCCGGCCCGCUGAACCUGCUUGUCAAGUUCUCGACGUUGCAGGAAUAUGGCGUUGACAAGCCCUUCUUCCUCGAGAACGACAACGUCGACUCCUCACAGCGCAACAUUGUCUUCCUUGUCAGAGGCGAGAAAGCAAAGACGGUCAUGGCUGUUGCUGACCAAAUAAAACGUAUUCGACGCGACAGCGAAAUUGAACAUGAAUUCUCCAUUUUCUGGGUGCCCCGCCGCACUCUGACCUCCGACCAAUUGCUUGAAGAGGCGGGCGUCUUGGGUGAAGCCAAUGUGAGCGAGUGGCCAUUGUUCUUCGUGCCUCUUGCAGAUGAUGUGCUGUCGCUUGAGCUCGAAGAUGCCGUGCCGGACCUGUAUCUCAAAAAGGACCCGACCGCCAUCUAUCUGUCGGCCAAAGCACUGAUGCUGCAGCAACAAAAGUACGGCCUCUUCCCACGAAUCAUCGGCAAAGGUGAUAACGGAAAGCGUCUCGCAGACUUACUAGUUCGCAUGCGUACUGAGGUCGCAGCAAGCGAGACGUCUGCUGGCGGAGGACCGUCGUUUUUGGGCCUAACACCCAGCUCUCACAUGGACAGCCUCAUCAUUAUCGAUCGAGAAGUCGAUUUCCCUACCGUACUGUUGACUCAGCUGACCUAUGAGGGCCUUAUUGAUGAGGUUUUCAAUAUCUCCGCCAACCAAACAGAAGUCGACUCCUCGGUUGUUGGUGGUGCAGCGCCUCAGCAAGACCAGACUGGUUCGGCGUCCACGAGCAUGAAGCGCAAGGUCAUGAUUGACGCAAAGGACACACUGUAUGCUGAUCUCAGUGAUGCGAACUUUGCCAUUGUAGGCAACCUUCUAAACCAAGCCGCUCGGCGGCUCCAAAGCAGCACUGGACGUGACCAGCUUGCCACAAAGACGACUUCGGAGCUGCGUGACUUUGUCGCAAAACUUCCUGGCUAUCAGGCCGAGCAAGCUAGUUUGAAACUGCAUACCAGCCUUACGGAAGAGAUUAUUAAGUUUACACGAACGGAUAUCUUCACACGAAGCCUAGAAGUACAGCAGAACAUCAUGUCCGGCGCGGAUCCAACUACACAGCAUGAAACCAUUACCGAACUCAUCAACCGCGAUGUAUCGCUUUCCACCAUCCUGCGUCUAUUGUGCUUGGAAAGUACAACAAAUGCGGGCCUUCGCCCCAAAGACCUAGAAAACUUCAAACGCGCCAUCAUUCAAGCAUAUGGGCCGCAGCAUAUGCUCACAGUCGCAGCUCUCGAAAAGAUGGGCUUACUGGCCCAACGAGGCGGCGUCAGUCUCGGUGGCGUAGGCGCACCGGCGAAACCGGGCAGCGUAACAAACUACACGCCAUUGCGGAAGAGUCUUAAGCUAUGGGACGAUGAUGUCAACGAAGCAGAUCCAAACGACAUCUCCUACACCUUCUCAGGCUACGCACCACUGAGCGUCCGCCUGGUCCAAUCCAUCAUCCAAAAACACACGCUCGCAAAUAUGAUCAAGCCCCCCUCUGAUCCCAGGGCUUCCGCGCAAGCAAAUCCCCUUGCCCAAGGCCUCCGCAUCUUCGACGAUGCAACAAAAUACAUACGCGGCACAACGUUUGACGAGGCGCAAAAGGGAGAGGAGAAAGCCGUCAAAGCAAGACAGCUGCUCAACGGAAGCCAAGCCGAGAAGAACAAGACUGUGGCUGUCUUCUUCCUCGGAGGCGUCACAAGAGCGGAAAUCGCUGCCCUACGAUUCAUCGGUAGUAAGCUGAAGGAAACGGGCGGCGAAGGCAGGGGAAGCCGUAUUGUAGUGUGUGCGACGAAUAUGAUUCGAGGCGAUGAUCUGGUUGGCGGUGCGGUUGAGACUAGGAAAUUCAAGGGCUGAUUGAUUGACUGAUUGAUUGAUUGAACGAGUCAGUAUGUGCAGCGCAGGGUGUCUAAGGAUCUUGGUCUUUUGGGGGAUUGAUGCUAGUUCAAGGCAG